AUGAGUGGCAUUAAACUUAAUCUAAGAUUUCUGGAAACAAAUCGCGGAAUCAUCAAGAUUCUACAAAUCAUUAUUGGCGCAAUUAUCUCCUCGCUUGUUUGUGGCAACUUCCUUUGGGAUAAGCACUACUGUUGGUCUUAUGGAAACCGAGGUUACGCAGGGAUUUGGAACAGUGCUUGUCUUUUCAUCAAUAUUAUUCUUCUCAUCCUUCACCUCACCAACAUCAAAAUUAAAAAAUUAGAGCGAGUCUAUGCGAUAAUUGCUCUUAUUCUAUAUAUGAUUGCUGUCGGGAUGUUGAUCUGGUAUUGGGCUCAUAUUGGUGGAGCUUGGGAUGGAGUCGUUGGAACGGUUUUGGCUAUUGUUAUGACUGGAUUGUACAUUUGGGAUCUACAAAUUCUUCAAGGAGACUCUUCGGAU